AAAACUAUAGUAUAGUAUACAAUAUUUUUUUUGAGUAUGGUAUCAUUAAAUUCUUUAUCAAUUUUCUUGAUUUCGUAUCAAAUGGUGAUGUUUGCUUCAGUUGUAGCGCAGAAUCAAAUUCAAAAUAACAGCAGUUGUGUGGAUGAAUUCAAAUGUGGAAAUCUUGGAAAUGUGAGUUUUCCAUUUUCUGUAUCUUCACAACCUGAUUGUGGAUUGUACAGUAUAGAUUGUGAUGUUACUCCCAAUCCAACAAUUCGUCUCGGAGAAAAUGUUUAUAGUGUUCUGAGACAACGAAACUUUGAUGGUUUUCGAGUUUUAGAUCAUAGGCUUGAGGAAUUAUUGACGAGAAACAGUUGUGAAACUUUCGAUAGAAGUAUAUCGUUUCCAAAUUCUCCUUCUGUCUCGUUUAGAAUCAAUGAACGAAAUCUUACUUUGUUUAGAUGCAACAACAGUUUAGAUAUCAACAGAAGCAUGAGUGAUAAUUAUUUUCGCGAAUAUCUGAAUUAUACUAAAUGUAGUGGCUUUAGUAUAUACUACAAGUAUCCUAGUAGAGGACGGGGAAAUUCCUCUGAUACACCAGAAGAAGAUAUUCCGGAUAACUGUUCUCCGAUUCAAUUGCCAAUUACAUGGAACACUUCACAGCCAAAUGAUCAGAAUAGUAGCUUGUUUGAUCUGUUAACUGUGAAUUUUGUGAUUGAGUGGAGCCUGUCUGUUGAUUGUAGUAAAUGUCACUAUCAAGGAGGUCGAUGUUUAACCGAUAGCAACAAUAGAUUUCAUUGUUCCACAGUAACAAGAAAGUCGAGACGAGUUCUAAUUGUAGUCUUACCUGUGGUGAUUGGCUUGACCUUUUUAAUCUGUCUUGGUAUUGUUAUCUGGCGUUUCAAGAAAGGAAAAGGCUGUCGUUCUCACUCUUUCACAAGAAAUACAUUUUCUGAUCCUUCAAGAAAAGAUCUUGAAGGGGAUAGCAAGUACUUUGGGGUCCCCGUCUUCUCCUACUCUACUCUCCAAGAAGCCACCAAUAAUUUUGAUCCCUCCCAAGAGCUUGGAGACGGAGGUUUUGGAACUGUGUACUAUGGUAAACUUCGUGAUGGACGAGAAGUUGCAGUGAAACGCCUCUAUGAGCAAAGUUCCAAGAGGAUGGUGCAAUUUAAGAAUGAAAUUGAAAUUCUUACUCGCUUAAGGCACCAGAAUCUUGUUAUGCUCUAUGGGUGCACGUCAAGGCAUAGUCGUGAACUCCUCCUGGUUUAUGAAUACAUCCCGAAUGGAACAGUUGCUGAUCAUCUCCAUGGCGAGAAAGCAAAGAACGGAGCCCUUAUAUGGCCUAUACGCAUGAAGAUUGCUAUAGAAACUGCUAGUGCUUUAGCUUAUCUCCAUGCUUCUGACAUAAUACACCGCGAUGUCAAGACUUGUAACAUUCUACUUGACAACAAUUUCUGUGUCAAAGUUGCAGAUUUUGGGCUUUCGCGACUUUUUCCAAAUGAUGUGACUCAUAUCUCAACUGCUCCACAGGGGACACCAGGAUAUGUUGAUCCGGAUUAUCAUGCUUGCUAUCAGCUAACUAGUAAAAGUGAUGUGUAUAGCUUUGGAGUUGUCCUUAUUGAGCUCAUAUCGUCGCUCCUUGCUGUGGAUAUAAGAAGGCAUAGGGAUGAAAUUAGUUUGGCUAACUUUGCAGUAAGCAAGAUUUUGAAAUGUGCAUUCGAGGAGUUGAUCGAUCCAUCUCUUGGUUACGAGUCCAAUGCUGAAGUUAGGAGAAUGACUACUUCAGUUGCAGAGCUAGCUUUUCAAUGUCUCCAACUCGAGAAGGAAAUGAGGCCAACAAUGGAUGAAGUGUUGGAAAUUCUAAAGGCAAUUCAGAGUGGUGAGUUUGAAAACCAGAAGAAAGAAGAGAUUAACGUCGUUGAUAAUGUAGAAGUCCCUCAGGACCCUGAAUCAGAAAAUGAUGAUGCACAAUUGAUGAAAUCUAAAUUACCUGUUUCGACGAAUUCUGUGAAUGAUAAGUGGUUUAGUUGCUCUAGCACAGUUAGUAUUAGCGGGUGAAAUUCCUUCAAUAUUAAAGCUAACUUCAUUACUUUUUA